CUGUCACCACCACCACUCGUGGCGCUGACCGAGGCGCAGUGAUGACGACUUCGUGGCUGGAGAUGCACGGCGAGCGAACGCGCAGCAGCAACAGCAGCAGCAGCGACUUCUCCGCGUCGUCGCGAUUGUUGUUGUUGUAGUUUAGUUGCGUCUCAUGGAAGAGGACACUCGCAAGGGCAAGGCGUCGAGGCUUCGUUGAGAGACGAGAGAGACUCGAGCGAGCGAGCGAGAGCUCGAUUCGAGCGGCGGGGGGAGGACGAGGAAGAAGAUGGACGCCUUGGUCGACCUGUUCACGGGCCCCGGGGCGCCGUGCGGACCCAAGCGAGGCGGCGGCGGCGGCGGUCGAUCCCGCAAGCAACAACAGCAGCAGAAGAAGCGCACCCGGCCCCAUCAGAUCCAGAACCAGAACCACAGCCUUCACCAGCCUCAGCCACAGCCAUUUCUACCGCCCGAGGCCGAAGAGGGGAAUAUAGAAUAUAAGUUGAAGCUGGUGAACCCUUCGCAGUAUCGCCUCGAGCACCUCGUCACUCAGAUGAAGUGGAGGUUACAGGAGGGCCGCGGUGAGGCCAUUUACCAGAUCGGCGUGGAAGACUGUGGCCUCAUCGCUGGACUCUCUCUGGAGGAGAUGAGAGCCUCCUUGAAAACGCUACGCCGCAUGGCCGACAAGCUUGGAGCAGACUUAACAAUAUUACGAGAAAGAAACGUGGAGUUUGAGGACAAGUGCCCAAAAAUGGUGGCUGAGGUCUUGAUACGGAAGGUCCCAGAUGACCAACAGUUCCUGGACCUGCGGGUAGCGGUGCUGGGCAACGUGGACGCGGGCAAGUCGACACUGCUGGGUGUUCUGACGCAAGGAGAGCUGGACAACGGGAGGGGUCGCGCGCGUCUCAACCUCUUCCGCCACCUUCAUGAAAUCCAGUCUGGGCGCACCUCCAGCAUCAGCUUCGAGAUUCUGGGCUUCAACAGCAAGGGCGAGGUGGUUAACUACAACGGCUCGCGCACGGCAGAGGAGAUCUGUGAGAGUUCCUCCAAGAUGAUCACCUUCAUCGACCUGGCCGGCCACCACAAAUACCUGCGCACCACCAUCUUCGGCCUCACCAGCUACGCCCCCGACUUCGCCAUGCUCGUGGUUGGCGCCAACACUGGUCUCGUUGGGACGGCCAAGGAGCAUCUGGGGCUGGCGAUGGCGCUCAAGGUGCCGUUCUUCAUCGUGGUGAGCAAGGUGGACGUGUGCUCGCCCGGCACGGUGGAGCGCACCGUGCGUCAGCUCGAGCGCUUGCUGCGCAGCCCCAGCUGCAGCAAAGUACCGCUACUCGUGUGCGGCCCUGAUGACGCCAUGACCGCCGCCACCAAGUUCCCACAGUGCAGCAGUAUAACACCGAUCUUCACCGUGUCCAACGUGACUGGGAAGAACUUGGACCUCUUGAAAACCUUCCUCAACGUGCUCCCGCCUCAGAGCAACGUGCAAGAGCAGGAGCAACUAAUGCAGCAGCUCGCCGAGUUUCAGGUGGAUGAGAUCUACACGGUACCUGAAGUGGGCACAGUGGUCGGAGGAACGUUAUACAGUGGCGUGUGCCGGGAGGGCGAUGGCUUCGUGGUGGGGCCCACGGAACGUGGCGAGUUCCUACCGGUCGCCGUCGCCACCAUACAGAGGAACCGCGCGCCGAGCCGUGUGCUGCGCGCCGGCCAGGCCGCCACGCUCGCGCUGGGCCCCUUCGACCGCUACCUCCUGCGCAAGGGCAUGGUGCUGGUGAGCCCCAAAAUGUGCCCCACCGUGUGCUGGGCGUUCGAUGCCGAGAUCGUGCUGUUGUUCCACGCCAAGACGGUGCGGCAGGGCUUCCAGGUGACGGUGCACGUGAGCAACGUGCGGCAGACCGCAAUCGUGGAGGACAUCCUCGACAAGGAGAACGUGCGGACAGGCGAGAAAGCCGUGGUGACGCUGCGCUUCAUCAAGCAGCCCGAGUACAUCCGCCUGGGCGCCAAGCUGCUCAUCCGCGAGGGCGCCACCCGAGGCAUGGGUCACGUGACCAAGCUGCACUCGCUGCCGGCCUCUCCGUCGUCCGACGACAGUUCCUCGUGAAAGCAGGGAGCCGAGGAUGAAGUAAGAGAAGAGACUGCUGUCGAUUCUCCCUUUCGGCAAAGUAGAGGUUACCUUUUGAUUGAAAGCUUUCGUGACUGCAGGGAUUCAUAUUCUUGGUUCUUUCGGUAAAGUCACGUAGAAGGGAAACAAUAAAAUAAUAAAAAUAUAUAACAGUAAAAUUCUCAAGACGUUUCGACUGCAACACAAGCAAUCAUCAUCAGUCGAAACGUCGUGAAAAUGUUUUUGUUUUAUAUUUUUAUUAUUUUAUUUGUUCCCUUCUACGUGACUUUACCGAAAGAACCAUGAAUAAGAGGUUACCUUAUGAACGUGCGGUUCCCUGGUGCUGCAGGCUUCAGCCGGAUACGGUGAAGAUAUUUUAAAACACAAUGCUAGUUUUAUUCUCCUUGUAUUUUAACCCGAGACGCAUUCUUCUUAAACGCCACACACACAGAGUUUUCACCAUAUAUGCAGUGAUCUCCAUCAGCAAAGACAAAUCGUUUUUUUUCUUUUUACAGUAUAUGCAUGUGCAGAUGUCACGAGGUAAACAUCUCCUUGUUUAACAGUGGAGCACAAUAUAGUCACGAACAGCAAGGUUGCAGUUUGUUGUAGAAUAACAUAACGGGACUUCCACGGUAGAGCGCUUGGAGUUUGUCAAUGCAGCGCUCUUUCCGAGAUGGGAGCUCAGUCAGGUUAAAGGUCAUAGGGCACGUGCUCAUGACAUAGGAGUGUUCCACAGUUGGUCACAGGAAGCAGGGCUUGCCCUGAACUGAACCCACGAGGCCACACUCACAUUGUACCCUGUGCUCACGAAGUAGCAGACUUAACUCAGGCUUCUAGCUCACCGUUGAUCCAGCAAGAUAAGUCACAGGCUCACUCAGGCUUUUUUUAGCUCGCCUCGAUUCAACAAGGAGUAUUUUAUUGUUCUCACUCCAGUGUUAUUGAAACACUUGUGCAUGCACAUUUCUCAACCCCUUCGAGGCACGAGUUUCGGCUUCCUUCUGAUUUGCGCAACGGCCAGUCCCAGGAUUUGGUGGGGUUUAUUCGCCAUGGGACCAUGUCUGCAUUGGUCACGUGGCUUUUAAGUUGCUUGUGCUGGCACGACCAGAUAAGUGUGUCCUCGAAAUAAUGUGAGAGGAUAAACCUUGUCCUGCAUAUAACUGUGGGUCUUUUGGGGCGGGACCCCAAAAAAUAACAAGACAUUCGCAUUUGUGAAGUUUACAAAUUGAACGGCGUGCAAAGCAAUGCUUACUUUUUGCCAUCCGCGUCUCCACUUUGCACAUAAAUGUCAAGUGCCAAUCAUUCGGUCACUGCUGUAGAGUACUGCACUGCACUUAUGAUCCAAAUAAGAUAAAUUUUUAAAUGUUAAGUGACUUUAAACCCAUUACAAAUUUUUAUGCAAUUAUAUGCAUGCUUGAGCACUUGAGCAGGAAAAGAAGCUUCCAAUUGAUCAGCUGCCGUCUUCUUAGAAAUAAUUGAGUUAUGUGAGUAAAACUUAAUAGAUCGGUGUGUACCUACUCCCGAAUUAGCUCUGGUAUUUCGAGGACAAUGCUGUCUGCCUCGCAAAAACUUAUCGCUGGCUCACUCGUCGUUUUGCCAGUCUGGUUGGAGUAGCCGAACUCUUCCUUCAUACGGGCGUACCGCUGUGGAGUUUCAAUAUUUAUUUGAGUUUGUGUGUUGACCUUACAAUGUAUGCUGCAAUCAGUGCAAUUACCACCUUUGUUAUCUGCUGUGUGCUUCUAAUUAACAUCUGAUGAGGACAGUGCACUGUUGGUGCUAUUGGCAGUGUGAUAUAUUUAAGAAACGACUGUUGACCUUAUCUGCCUUGAUGCCAAGACAGGAGCAAUUGUCUUCAUGGGUUUUUUUAUCAGCAACAUAGGUAGAUUUUACAAUAUAAUUCUGGUAUUUAUGGAUAAGUUAAAAGAUACGUUACCCUCGUAACUGCUCAUUUUAUACUCCAGCACUGUUUUUAAUUUCAUCAGCAUGAUUUUACGUUCUGUUUGAAGCAUACGCUGUUUGUUUUACAGGAUAAACAUAAUUUUACAGGUUAAACAAUUAUAUCUGUGCACCUGUAUAUAUGUGUAUAUAUUUGUGUGUGUAUAUCUAUGUGUAUGUAAGAGAUAUGCAUUAUACAUGUCUUGUAUGCAUAUUGGUGCAUACAUGUAUGUUAUAUGCAGUCUCCGUGAUACUGACGUGAAAUAUCAUACGCCAAGCACACGCACAAGGUAUCUUUGAUCUUCAUUACACCGACCCCGGUACUACUUGCGUAGCUUUUCGUGGCCGUACUGUAGAGCUCUUCGAUGUUUUGUUUGGGGUUGUACCGCGGCUCGUGUGGUGCGGUGGCAAACGGAUUCCUGUAAAAAGCUUCCGGGCACGUGCAUCGGAACGUCUGAUGUCGUCCUGAACGAUGCGCACUACAACCCAAUAACACAUCGGCGAGCUUGAUGACACUCGUCGUCGGCUGUGGCAGGUGCCAGUUGCUCAUCGCUAAACAGGGGGACUUUACCACAUGCCUGCCCUUCUGUUCUGCAUGCCCUGUGCCUGCCAUGCCCCGCUCGAGGCUGAGGUAAACUAGGAAAAUCUUCAUCGCACUUGCAACAUUGCUCGAGGUAAAUGGUGCCUUUUGGCAUUCACUGCUGCAUCAUUUUAACGAUAAAGUUUGUAGUCCACCCAAGAAAGGAUGUGGACUUAAAUAAGUUUUACAACUUUAUACAAUGCAUUUUAAUGCAGUAAAGGUCUUGACCGUCGUGGUUUUUUUAGCAUGCCAAAUACUUCCUGUUCAAACUUCGCAAUAUUGUACCCAUUGUUAAACAGGUUGCGGUGUUGUUAAUUAUUAAGUACUGUAUGGACUGGCACCAAUCUCGGAUAAAGGCCCUUUUCCUUCUUCACAUCCGUUGAGAUAAAGCGAUGCAGGUUUUAUGGAAAAUGAAUUUCAGGAUAAAAAAAAAAAUGCUCCCAAAAAAUGCUCUUAAGAUAGAAAUUGGAUUGACAGUCACCGUGUAGAAGGUUAAAGAAAAUCGGGGGGUGGUGGCAGAAUUCUUUUUAUAAUCGUUGGAAAGGAACACCACCAAGACGCUCGUUAAAUAGACUUCACAGACGUCCACCCACCAGGCUGCCGGCUGUGACAGACUCCACGUUAAACUUCCGGCUGUGCCGUCCAUCUGCGAUGUGCACACGGGAUUCGAAAUACUUCCAACGUGUCAACGUUACCCAGUUUUAUUUAAACAUUCAUAGCACUUAGCAAGCGUGCAUCAUAAGUUUAGUUGUUUGUUAUUGUAAUGCUCGUGUGCAACAUUACGAGGUUUAUGUACUAGUCUGGCAAAGCACUUUUGGUCGAUUUAGUUUUGUUAUUUUUAAACGUCCAAUGAUAUCGACGUCCCAGAUUUUAUUCUUGCGCUUGAGCGUUCGAACUCACCCCUCGGCUGUUGUCGUCGUAAGUCGCAUGUGCAUGUGGUCCUGUUAAGCGGAUUAACGCACGAUGGAGAAAGAAUCCUAGCUAAACUUCAUGGAAAUAUAAAGGGGCAAAUCUGAAUGGACGGGCUGCAAAAUAUUCAAUGUUUGAAACGUCUAAUGGAGUUGCUGCCAUUCACUUUUUAAUUUCUACUAUUGGUAGCAUUGAUGUUUAACAGAAUCGUCAUCUUUAUUUAUCCUGGAGGAAUUAGAUGAGAUAUGAAGCUCUUUUUCACAAAAUCCUUUGAUAUUCAUAAUAGCUGUUAAUAAUUAUCUCAUAACUAACUCUGGCUCCAGGGUGUACUUUUAAAGGUCAUUUUACAAGAUUUGGCUUAUUUAUGGAGCAAAUCUGAUUUUACACACACUCUACUGAACGCAUCGCCACCAUCCCAGCAUGGGUUAAAAUUCCAGUUCCGUUAGUGUUACGUCAUGGUAUUUGGAGCAUUUGUCUGCGUCUCAAUGUGGAUAAAUUAUUUCAAACUGAAUUAUCCUAAGUAAAGAGUCCACUUUAUGAUUACACUGAUCACCUACAUCUUUUAAAGUGUAUAGAAAUAUACGAAAGUGAAUGGCGGGUCACCUUCGUGGAUAACACGACCUUAAAAUUUUGCAGUGCUGUCGUGUAUUGCAAGGUUUCCAACGAUCCCCGUCGCCCUCCUAUUUGGGGCCUAAACGUCCGUGACGUUUUCACUCGAUGCCGAACGGCGAGUCUGAAAAUCGGUCGGCGUUUUGCCCACUUUGCGAGCAAUCGGUCUCUUGCUCGAGCCGAGCACGUGCAGCAUGGGGCGCUGGUGAGUUUGUGUAGCUCUUUGUGCUGUCCGCCGUGAUCGAUACCGCGUCCGGCGUCCGUGCGUGCCCCGUUCCUAGGGUCUCGUGCGCAAACCCCGGUGGGCUCGUCCAUCCUGUUUGGUCGUUCCGUAUGCUUCGUUUUAAGAAAAUAUAUAACUACGGUAUAUUUUUUUCGGUUUUUGUUAACUGUACAUUUUGUAAAAACAAAAGAAUAUUAAAUUGCUUAGAUUUAAACUA